AUGAAGAUCAUUUUAUUGGUUUUUUUGAUUGGAGCCACACUUGCUAGAGAUGAAGGCUUUUUUGCUUAAUUACGAAAUAGUGAUUUUGGAAAGACAAUUAUCUAAACACUUUAAGUCUAAUUAUCUCAAGAACAUCCAGCGGACACAGUUGUUCAUCUCUUGAAAUAAAUGAAAGAUGAUCUAAACAAUGAAUAAAGAGCUGAAGAUGAAGGAAUAACUGGACAAUUGAAAACAUGUUAAGAUGCUUCAAGUGCUGCAGCUGCUGUAUUAACUAUUGCUAAGGAACGUAAAGCUACAUCAGAAGAAAGACUACCCUUACUCUAAUAGGAAUAAAAUGAUAAGAAACAAUAAUUAUUUGAUAAAUAAGGAGAGGAGUAGAGAAACUUGGAUAGAAUUUCUGUAUUACAAGAAGCUAGAAAUGCUUAAAGAACAGAAUUUGAGUAAAGAAGAGAUGAAUUGGUAGGAUUAGUCUCUGCCCUUUAAGAAGCAAAGAAAAUCUUAUCUUAAGGAAUUGGGGCUUUGAAGAAGAAUAGUUUUGCUGAACUUAAGAAUCAUCAUCAAAACUUUUUAAAAUAUUUCCCAAAUAAGAAAGGUUUCCAUAGUAUGGUCAAUGUGCUCUUGACUGUUUUAUAAGAAGAAAAUACUCAAGAAAAUGCUGCAUAAAAGGUGGUUAAAAUCAUAGAUACUCUUGUUGACAGUAUCUUUUAAGUUCAAAAAGAAGAAAUGAGAGCAGAUGAUGCAAGAGAAUUAGACUUUUUAACUCAAAAAGAGAGAUUACUUUUGGCCAAUCGAAGAUUGUCUGGUAGUGUGGCUGAUUUAAAUGCAGCUAAUGAGAGAAUUGGAUAAAAAAUAUUAGAAAUCAAGAACGACAUUUCAAUUCAAGAUUCUAUUAUCUUCAAUAAAUCUACUGAAUAAGCAGAUUGGGAUUAAACCUGCAGCGACACCGAUAGAGCCCAUAGACAAUAAACCGAAUAAAGAAAUGCUUAAUUAGAAAUUAUUGUUGAAUGCAUUGAUAUUUUUGAAACCAGAUUUGAUAUGGAAACUAAAAGUUUCAUACAACGCCUUAGAUUCUGAAUCGAAUAUAAUUGAUAUAAUAUAAUAUCAAUAAAAUUGGAUCUACAAUAAUAUUUA